GUGGGCAGUGGGCACGUUUUACCGGGGUUCGCGCCUGGGUAACCGCGUCUUAGUUAAUCGCGUCAGGCUCUAGAAAAUAUAAUUUACGAAAUUCAAUUGCGCCUACUUCGGCUGAUACCUCUACCUAGGUACAAUCCCGUCAUGUAAUUACUUAAAAACAAUUCCGUUUGAUUUUACCCACCGUUCCCCUUAUCCUGCUUUAUCCUUCCUAAUCUACCAUGACCUACCUUUCCUAACAAUAGUAAUUGUCUUACCCCCGGAGGAUUCGGUCAUUUCUCCUAUGUAAAAUCUACGACGAGAGCGCCCCUCAGUUUAAUUGACACAGCCAACAACAAUAUCGAGCAAACAAAACCAUCAUGUCCCCCUCAUCCGCAAAGCGCUCUCGCCGAGUUGCAUUCGACAAAGAUGAAGAAGAUGGAAUCGCAAUUACCCAGGCUAGUUCCAGCAUAAAAACCGAAUCUCAGCGAAAGAAGAUUCGAACUUCAAAUUCCGGUCCGAGUAGAAAAACAGCAUGGACGUCUCGCCAAGAAACUACUUCCAGCUCCGAUGAAGACGAGACGAUGCUAGCGCCUGACGAGGAACAGAGCCCACCAGCUGCUACGCAGUACGAAAUGAUGCGCGAUGCCGGCUUUAGACAUCUUGAGAAUACCGAUCUAGACGACCAGCGAGCGACACAGCGUCUGAAGAGCCGUCCUCAUAUUCUUGGCGAAAAUCAAGUAGCCCUUAAUGCCAUCAUCGAAAGCAUCACCUGCUUCAAUUUCAUGUGCCAUACGAGACUGCAUGUCGAACUCGGACCUCUUCUCAAUUUUAUUGUGGGAGAGAACGGAAGCGGGAAAAGUGCCAUUUUAACUGCCAUAACCCUAUGCUUGGGUGGUAAAGCUAGCGCAACGAAUCGCGGCGGAAGUCUGCGAAGUUUCGUCAAAGAGGGCCAAGAGAAUGCCGUUCUAAUCGUCAAGAUUAAGAACCAAGGUCCCGAUGCUUACAAGCCUGAACAUUUUGGAGAAUCCAUAAUCGUAGAGCGAUACUUCAGCAAAUCUGGCGCGAGCGGCUUUAAGCUAAAGUCUUCUACUAAUAGGAUCAUCUCAACCAAGAAAGGCGAUGUAGAUGAUGUCGUUGAGUACUACUGCCUGCAGGUCGAUAACCCGCUCAAUGUACUCUCCCAGGAUAAUGCACGCCAGUUCCUCAACGCUGCUACUCCUGCGGCCAAGUACAAAUACUUCGUCCAAGGUACCCAGCUAGAGCAACUGGAUCAAGAUUACCAACUCCUCCAAGAAACGCUUGAAGCCAACGAGACACGGCUUCUAGCGUUCGAGGAGAAUAUAUCGUUCCUCAAAGAGAAGAGUGAAAAAGCUGUAAAACUGAGGGAUGCGCUCACAAAGAGUGCGGAGAUGCGAAGACAAUCUAAGGUUUACUCAAACCAGUUGGCAUGGGCUCAAGUCAUGGAACAGGAGGCUAUCUUAAAGCAGAAAGACGAAGCUGUACUUGCCUCACAAGAGGAGAUUCGCCGAAUGGAAGCGACGAUUGCAGAGAAGACAGAAAUCCUUGAGACGAUUGACGAUAAAGUUCGGGAAGCUGCUGAAGCCUUAGACGUACUCCGCCAAGAGGAAGGCCAAUUCAAGGAGAAAGAAGAGGAAGCGAAGUUGAAUUAUGAACGCGCAAGACAGUCAAUCGAGACAACCCACACGCAAGAGAGGGAUAUCCAUCAGCAGCUUAAUAAUGCUUCACAGAAGGUCAAGGAGUACGAAAAGAAGAUCCGUGAAGAAGAGCAGCGUCUAGAAGAGGUAAACGGUGGUGCUCUCGCUGCAAAGCAACAAGAGCUAGAUGACGCAAAACGCGCUGUGGACGAUAUCAGAGAAUCGCAGAAGACCCACGCUGAACGCAGCUCUAGUCUAUAUAGCGAACGUGACGAAGCUCAGAGGAAGGCUCAGGAAUCCGAAGAUUUGGUUGGACAGAAGCGACAGGAAAUUCAAGCCGCCGAGUCUCGGAUACGCACUCUGUCUCAGAAUCGCAGCGACCCGUUUGCUGGCUUCGAGCCCCAGGUGCCUCAGCUCCUGCGACUGAUCGACAGUGACAGCGGGUUUUCUCAGAAACCUAUUGGCCCCAUCGGUACUCAUAUCCAGUUAACUAAGCCCAAGUGGUCGUCAAUUCUAGAGCAUAUAUUUGGAGCAAGUCUAAAUGGGUUCGUCGUUGCGAGCAAAGCCGAUCAAACUCGGUUAUUCUCGCAUAUGGAGAGACUGAAGCUCCGAAAUUGCCCUAUCUUCAUAGCUUCGAGAACCGUGAUUACCAACUUGAGGGAACCGGAUAGAAACUUUGAUACCAUUUUAAGGGUGUUGAAAAUCGAUGAUCUACGGGUAAGAGAUCAACUGGUCAUCAAUCACCGCAUUGAGCAGACCAUCCUGAUCGAACAACGAGAAGAGGCAGAGCGCGUCAUGUUUGACGGUCAGCUGCCGGAAAAUGUUUCAGUGUGUCUAUCUUUUCACGACAAGAAAAGGGGCCACGGCCUGCGGCUCAUGAAACGCGGCCCAAACAUGUCCACCAGUCCGGUUGCGCCUAGUCACGAUCAAAAGUCUCGCAUGAAGUCUGAGGAUGUGGAGUCACAGAUCAACUACUUCAAAGAAUCCCUUGAGCAGCUCAAAGUCGAGUACCGAGAGCUGGAGACGUCCAGAAGGUCCUUCCAACAAGCAGUCCAGCGUUGUGUACACGCUAUUUCUCAGCACAAGAGGCAAGGGGCCACUUUUGAGAAAGACCUGCGUAACGCUCAGGCCCGUGUUACCCACAUCGAAGAAGAACUGGACAAGUUUGAGGGUGUCGACAACAAACUGCAGGGAUACAGGAACGACCUCCAAGAGGCUCAGAACCAGAAAGACCAUUACGGUAACCAAUAUGGUGAGCUGGCCAUGCAGAAGCGGGAAAUGAAUAAGGAGGUAGAAGCCAUGAAAGAGAAGUUCAGCGAGGCUAAAUUAGCCUCUCGGGACCACAGAGCCAGAAUAACCAAGGCUGAAGAUAAGGUUAAGAGAUACGAGGAGACACGACGCGUAGCUCUAGUUGAGAAGAAUCAAGCUUACGAAAAUCUUGAGGUGGCGAAGGAAGGAAAAGCCGAUGCAGAGAGAUCUAGGAGAAGGCAGGCGGAACUCGUAGAGGACUAUAUACGACAGGCGAGUCAGGUCGCUCCCGAUCGUGCUUACAUACCCGAAGGAGAGACUGUUCGUAGUAUCGAGCAUAAGUUCGACUCUAUCAGGGAGCAGCUGAAGAAGAUCCGUGGUCAGCUUGGUGGCACGGAUGAGGAAAUACAAAACCGGGCAUCGCAAGCAAUCCAGGAAUACCGAGAGGCUAAGAAGAACCACAAAAACCUCACUUCACUUGUGGACGAGUUGAAGAAAGCGUUGAUGGAUCGUUUACGCAAGUGGAGGACGUUUCAACGUCUUAUCUCUGCACAUGCCCGAUGCAACUUCAACUAUCUUCUUAGCGAGCGUGGCUUUAGAGGUGAGCUAUUUCUCGAUCACAAGGCCAAGAGGCUCCGAGUCCAAGUUGAGCCGGACGAAACGAGGAAGAGCAGUGCAGGUAGAAAUACGAAAACGCUGUCUGGCGGAGAGAAAUCCUUCUCGUCCAUUUGUCUUCUUCUUGCCAUAUGGGACGCAAUGGGAUCUCCCUUGCGAUGUCUUGACGAAUUUGACGUUUUCAUGGAUAACGUCAACCGUGCUAUAAGCACAAACAUGUUGAUUACCACCGCUCGUCGCUCUGUCGGCAAGCAAUUUAUCCUCAUCACCCCCAAUGCCAUCGAGGGCCGGGCAAAGAUUGACAAAGAUGUCAAGAUCAUCAGACUGACGGAUCCACGACAACGGCUUCUCGCCGACCACUGAUGUGAUUCGGUUUAUCAUGACGGCUAUAGGAAUUGUUUAUGUAGGGCUAGUAAAGCAUUGGUCCGGUUACGUGCAU